AUGGACAGCCUUCUGAUGAAGCAGAAGAAGUUUCUUUACCAUUUCAAAAAUGUCCGCUGGGCUAAGGGUCGGCAUGAGACCUACCUAUGCUAUGUUGUGAAGCGGCGGGAUAGUGCUACCUCCUUUUCACUGGACUUUGGCCACCUUCGCAACAAGUCCGGUUGCCACGUGGAAUUGCUUUUUCUCCGCUACAUCUCGGACUGGGACUUGGAUCCUGGCCGGUGCUAUCGAGUUACCUGGUUCACCUCUUGGAGCCCCUGCUACGACUGUGCCCGGCAUGUGGCAGACUUUCUAAGAGGGAAUCCCAACCUCAGCCUGAGGAUCUUCACCGCGCGCCUUUACUUCUGCGAGGACCGCAAGGCUGAGCCUGAGGGGCUGCGGCGGCUGCACCGAGCUGGGGUCCAAAUUGCCAUCAUGACUUUCAAAGAUUAUUUUUACUGCUGGAAUACUUUUGUCGAAAAUCAUGAAAGAACUUUCAAGGCCUGGGAAGGGCUGCAUGAAAAUUCAGUUCGUCUAUCCAGACAGCUUCGUCGCAUCCUUUUGCCCCUAUAUGAGGUGGAUGACUUACGAGAUGCCUUUCGUACUUUGGGACUUUGA